AGCAUAAUCUGUUUUUCAGCACGAAUUGGCUCAGCAAUGGAAACUCUCAACUGCGUUAAACUCCCCAGCAGCAUCCAUUCUCUACUAACAAGAUCCUUGUGAGCGAGCGGAAGUUGUUCUGUGGUCGUCAAUACCCACGGAAACUACACCGCCAGUGUCAUCUUGCGAGCCAUUAUGACCGAGGCUCACCCACCAGAAGACUCAAGUCCACAGCCCACUUAUCGCGGACAAACACACUCGCGCACCCGACAGAAUGCCCUUUACGUCCACAUUUCAAACCGUCACAAUGGUAAUUACCCCGGCGAAUGGCAUCGCUGGCUGUUGACCGCCGCCACCCGGGACGAUGCGAAGAGAUUCUACUGGGGGCUGCACAAAUACACCAAGACAGACAAUGCAAGCAUCAAAUCUGUCCAGGUCGAGACCAUGGAAUGGUGGAACUACAACGCCAGUGACGGCUUCAGUCUCCAGAACCUCUAUAAAUGGAUCCAGCAGAAGCAGACGGACCAGUACAAGAACAUCCAAGAACUUACCGACACCCGCGAGAGGACCCUUCUCACCAUAUUGCCGGAUACCAACUUUGGAGACAGAUUCUGGCUGGUUCUGCCCGGAUUUCAGGAUACAUCGAUUGAGGAUCUGUGGGAAGAUUGA